UAGUGUUCUUUGCUCUUUGCUUAGCCUGGCUGCGUAUAGUAUUGCCCGAUUAGGAAGUAUAGAUUCACACCGGGCUCUCCGCCCGUCUGCGUCACCCGGAUACGGUCAGGUGACUGACAGUAUCACGUGAGUCACAUGACCAGAGUUCCCGAUCCUCCGAACUCGACCGUCUGCAAAGCAUCACAGUGAAAGCGAUACCAUCUCCUUAAACCGAAAUCCCUCAUUCGUCUUCUACCGUCAAAAUGGUAUUCGCCUGGAAGUCCGCUGGUCUCACCUACAACCGCUACCUGGCCGUCGCCGCUCGCGCCGUCCGCCGCUCCCUCAAGGACGGUCCUCGUGCUGCCGCUGAGCGCCGUGGUCAGAUGGACCUGCGUUUCGCUAAGUGGGAGAACGGCAAGCAGGGUGAAGUCAAGAACCUUGCUCAGGUCCAGGCCACCGCCGGCCAGGCUGAGUCGAAAUAGAUUCUCUCUCCGCAAGAACGACUUUCGAAUACAUAGAAUGAGCGCUGGGAAGAGGUUGAUGAGGUCUUGGGAGGUACUCUGAUGCAGGAAUGGACUGGAUCUCUGUAGCAAUAUUGGCCCGUUGACCAGGUAUAAAUAGAAAAGAUUGUGUCCCUCCUGCUUUCA